CUCCUCCUCGUCUCCGCUCUGCUCUGAGACAUCCCAUUCUUUCUCAUCUCUCUCCCAUUCACGACCUCGUCUCCCUCCUCUCCCUUCGCAUCCAGUUCCAUUUUCUGUUCAUUCUUGUCGCUUUCUCCCCCCCUCUCUCUCCCGCCCACCUCCUCCCACCUCCAAAUUCAAUCCCGCACCAUGGGCGCUCUCCAGUUCCUCAUCAUGGGCGUAACUCACCCGGGUGAGCUUCGUUCCAUGAUCGGGUACAAGAUCUGGCGCGACAACCGCGACAUCACCGACCCCAAGGAGUUUGCCGACACGGGUUAUGACCGCGAGUCAAUGAAGCGCUGCUGGGACCUCCUCGACCAGACUUCGCGCUCCUUCUCUAUGGUAAUUAAGGAGCUCGAGGGCGAACUGGCACGCGUUGUCUGCCUCUUCUACCUCGUCCUCCGCGCGCUCGACACGGUCGAGGACGACAUGACCGUGCCCAACUCGGUCAAGCUCCCCCUCCUCCGUGACUUCCACCUCAAGCUUCACGAGCCGGGUUGGACCUUUAACGGGUCCGGCCCGAAUGAGAAGGACCGCGCCGUUCUCGUCGAGUUCGACGUGAUCCAGAAGGAGUUUGCCCUCCUCGACCAGAAAUACCAGCAGGUCAUUGGCGAUGUCGCGCGCAAAAUGGGCAAGGGGAUGGCCGACUUUGCCGCACUCGCAACCCCAGAACUGCCCGUCGCUGAGGUCAACUCCAUCGCCGACUACGACCUCUACUGCCACUACGUCGCCGGCCUUGUCGGCGAGGGUCUGUCUGGUCUCUUCUCGAGCUCUGGCAAGGAGCGCUCUUUCCUCAAGGACCAGCUCACGCUGUCCAACUCGAUGGGCCUGUUGCUCCAGAAGACGAACAUUUACCGUGACAUCAAGGAGGAUGUCGACGAGGGCCGAGGAUUCUGGCCCCGCGCCAUCUGGGGCAAGUACGGCUUCAACUCCAUGAAGGAGUUGACAGACGAGUCGCGCUACCGUGACGCGCAGUGGGCGGCCAACGAGAUGGUGCUUGACGCCCUGCGCCACUCUUGCGACGCCCUCGACUAUCUCACCCUUCUCAAGAACCAGAGCGUGUUCAACUUUGUGGCAAUCCCCGCCGUCAUGGCAAUGGCGACUCUCGAGCGUUGCUUCAUGAACCCAUUGAUUUUGAAGCAGAACGUCAAGAUUCGCAAGGGUGAGGCUGUUCAGAUCAUUCUGCGCUCGACGAACCCCCGUGAUGUCGCCUUCAUGUUCCGUGACUACGCCCGCAAAAUCCACGCCAAGGUUCCGAAGGAUGAGCCCAACAUGCUGCGCUUCUCGAUUUCGUGCGCCCGAAUCGAGCAGUGGUGCGAGCACCACUACCCGUCCUUCCUCACGAUUCAGCAGGGCGCCGACGGCAAGGCGACAACUGGCAUUGACCCGAUGAGCACGGAUGCGCGCGCGCCGCUCUACUUGGAUCUCGUCAAGCAGGCGCGCGAGGCGGCCGAGGCGGAGAGGCGGGAAAAGUUCAUGGACGACCUGCGUGCACGCGGCAUCAUCAAGCCUGCGGUGCCCGAGACUGAGGAGGAGAAGCGCGAGCGUGAGGAGCGCCGUCUCAAGAUGGAGAACGAGCCAUUCCCGUGGGUCAUGGUGAUCGGAUGCGUUGGCGCCCUGCUGGCUGUCAUGGUCGGCAUGGGGUAUGGCAUCAUCUACCUCGUCAUGAAGUACGCGGACUAAAAUGGAUCAUACGGAUCGCUUUGGGAAGGAUCGGAGGCUCGGAGGGCGCAGAGGAGUAAUAUCACCACAGUAUUCGAUUGUCGGGUUGUCGGGCGGCGGUGGACUGGACGGUAGCCGCGCCGUUCUCGGUCGCCACAACAUUAUGUAUGCUCAUACCCAGCGCAGUCAUCAGCGGCGAGCAUGGCCGGGGUCAUGGAGAUGCCCUCCCGCGACACCUGGGAGCGCGG